CGUUCCUGCGCACUUGCUGCCGAUUGCAUGCCCCCAAUGGAGGCGAACAGGCUCUUCAUGCUCGUGAUUUUUGCAAUUGUCGGUGUCACAAAGGUGAUGCAUGCAAACGAUGCAUUCCUCUUCGGCCUUGGAGCCAAUGGUGGUUGUGUGGUAUUUUGGGAGGGUGGCGAUGAACGUGUCGACAGUGGUCCGGCAUCGGUGAGGACAUGUUGAUGUGUGGUGGUGAUUGUGUGUAUAGUGUGUGAAUGGCUUGAGAUGAUCACUUAAGUAAUUAUAUGUGUGACGAUGGAGAUGAAGAUGUGAUGUGUGAUAAUUCUUUUUCGGAGGGCGGGUGAACGACUUUAAAGACUUCGGGGGCGGGGGAAGAUCAACUGUUGCGGUGUGGGCCACUGUAGAAUACUGAUAGCUACGGUAAACGAUAACGUAGGACUAUCGGGUCGAU